AUGACCGAAAAAUCAAAAGCAUCUGAUUUCAAAGAGUUGCUUGAGAAAGAGAAAAAACGAUAUGCUCUGACAAUUGAGCCACGAAACAUCAACACGCCAUCCUUGCAUCCAUCUGCCAUCUACUUUGCAGGCAAAAUCAUCAAAAAGGACAAACCCAAGAAAGGAGUUGCUCCAAGCUACACCAAAGCCUACAAACGAUACAAGACCGGUUGCUUUGUCAUCAACGAAAACAACUUUGACAAGUCUGAUCCCGAGCAAGUAGCGUACUUUCAUAAUCUCAUUUCAAUGCUAUACGAAAUGCGCACGAUUAGAGUGUACGUGAACAAUCACCGUGAUCGCAACACGGACACUGAAGCUUCGCGCAAACAAGCCUUGAAAUACGACAUCGAAGGAUUCAUUGAUGUCAUUGUGGCAGAACCGCUGGGUGGAGACAGCGAUACCUCUGACAGCGAAUAA